UUUUUUGGCCACUUUAUUCCAGUUGUCAUUCUCUCUUGCUUUUCUUCACAACAAAAUAUCACUCCUUCACUAUCCCUUAGCACAUCAAUAUCUUUUUGAUUUCCAGUAGUAUGUAACUCGAAGAUUUCAGACUUACAUGAGAUUAAAUAUGAAAAUGAUACGCACAGAUACAUAAAAUUGUCUUAAUCCUGAAGUUAUGAUAGCACGUUCCGAAAAUGGAAGUAUUGAUGUAGUUGAUAGUUUUGGGAACAAUGUAAAAAGGUGUGCAUCAACUGACAGUAAUGGAUUUCCAGUAAAGGAUGUGGAUGCAAUAAAAUUAUUUGUUGGACAGAUCCCUCGCAAUUUGGAGGAAAAGGAUUUGAGACACAUAUUUGAGUCGUUUGGCAAAAUCUUUGAAUUUACUAUUCUUAAAGACAAAUAUACUGGAAUGCACAAGGGUUGCGCUUUCCUAACGUUUUGCCACCGUGAAAGUGCUCUAAAAUGUCAAGCAGCACUUCAUGACCAGAAGGCAUUACCAGGAAUGAAUCGACCUAUGCAGAUUAAACCUGCAGAUACUGAAAGUCGUAGUGGUUCGCCUAAACAGAGCACUGAAGACAGGAAGUUGUUUGUGGGGAUGCUUUCUAAGCAGUACAAUGAGGAUCAAGUACGGGCUAUGUUUGCUCCAUAUGGACGUAUCGAAGAAGUAACGGUAUUACGAGGGGCCGACAAUGUCUCAAAGGGAUGCGCCUUUGUGAAGUUUUCACAAGCUGCUGAAGCCGAGCGUGCUAUUCUUGCUCUUCAUGGGUGCCAAACAAUGGGCGCGUCUAACAGCCUGGUUGUUAAAUUGGCAGAUACGGAACGAGAACGACAAGUCCGUCGAAUGCAGCAAAUGGCUGCACAAUUGGGACUUCUUAAUCCGUUGGCAGGCAAUGGUGCGCAGUUAGCAACUGCUCAACAGACCCAACAGUUAAUGGCAGCAAGUAGUCAAGCAGCAGCCGUGGCAGGUAUUCCAGGCUAUCCCGGCACUUUCACGCCUAAUGGAGUUGCAAACUCGUUGGGUACUUCCAAUGUACUUGGGCAACUCGGACUUAUCCAAGCUCAAGCUGCACAGGCUCAAUUAAUUGCUGCUGCUUCAAUGGCACAUCAACAGUUAAUCAAUCCAGCAGCAGCUAUGGUAGCCGCAGCUUUAGGGCCUGGAGUUUUUAUGCCCUCCCUUCAACAAGUUAGUCGACUAGUUAGUCUUUAG